AUGUCUCGCUACGCAAAAGACCAACCCAACGGCUUCAAUAAUGCGAUUGAGAGAGUUGCUAUCGUUGGAGCGGCCGGCACUAUUGGAGCAUAUAUCACAGCUGCCCUCCUCCAGACGGGAAAACACACUGUCACAGCACUCACCCGCGAGGAUAGUACCAAUAGACUCUCCAACGGCGUUAUUCCCGCAUACAUCAACUAUGACGAUGAAUCCAGCAUUAUAACUGCCCUCAAAGAUCAGCAAUUCCUCAUUAUUACCAUGGCACCCACAGCACCUCGAGACACCCAUAGAAAACUUGUUCAAGCAGCUUCUAAGGCCGGUGUACCGUACAUAAUGCCCAAUGGCUUCAUGGGAGACAUCGAACAGGUUAAACUUGGAGAGGACAUCCUGCUUGGGCCUGCUGCCAGGGCAAACAGGGAUGAGAUCGAAAAGCUAGGCUUGCAAUGGGUCACUAUUUGUUGCGGCUUCUGGUAUGACUACAGUCUUGCUGGUGGGGAGCAACGUUUUGGCUUUGAUUUAGAUAAUCGUUCAGUCACGUUUUACGACGAUGGGGAAACCAAAAACUCUACUUCCACUUUGUCGCAGGUUGGCAGGGCCGUGGCAAAGGUUCUCAGUCUGAAGGUGCUUCCUAUCAACGAAGACGAUGAUAGCCUUACACUUUCAAGCUUCCUGAACAAGCCUGUCAAUAUCAAGAGCUUUGUUAUCAGUCAAAAGGAUGUGUUCGAAAGUGUCAAGCGAGUCACUGGUACUUCCGAUGUUGACUGGACCAUCACUUACGAAUCAACCAAAAAGCGAUACGAAGAGGGCAUGAGCCUAGUAAAGGGCGGCAAUAUGGUUGGGUUUAGUAAGCUUCUUUAUGCGAGGGCUUUCUUCCCUAAGGACCCCAGUGAUCUGUCAGCAAAGGCACAGAAUGGCUUACUUGGUUUGCCGGAAGAGGGUUUGGAUGAUGCCACGAAGGCUGGGAUUGAUCUGGUAAAGGUUUUGCAAGGUCGUGCUGAGAGGAUGGCGUCCUGA